AUGUACCUGCUCAUGUACGUGGAUGACAUAAUCCUGAUCAGCUCUUCACCGACGGUUGCCGAUGCUCUUGUGACUGCGCUUGGCACAGACUUUGCAGUUAAGGAUUUGGGACAGCUACACUUCUUCCUGGGUAUUAAGGUCGCUCAUCAGGAUCGUGGCAGCUUAGUUGUCACCCAGAAGAAAUGCUCUCUUGAUCUCUUGCGUCGUGCCGGUAUGCUCAAGUGCAAGACAUCUCCUAUGCCCAUGUCCUCGACCGACAAACUUUCAACUACUGAUGGUGCUCUUCUGUCUUCUGAGGAUGCGACUGAGGUGUGCCAGUAUCUUCAUGCGCCUACUAAUGUGCACUGGUAUGCUUUGAAAUGCAUCAUGCGUUAUGUGCAUCUCACUGUCUCCUAUUAUCUCUACCUGCGCCCCAGUCCCUCCGGAGUUUUUUCUGCAUUCUCAGAUGCUGAUUGGGCUAGGUGUCUAGACGACAGGCGAUCUACGGGGGGAUAUGCAAUGUUCUCGGGUCCUAAUUUGAUCGCCUGGAGUGGACACAAGCAAGCCAUUGUUUCCCGCAACAGCACAGAAGCCGAAUACAAGGCUGUCACCGACGCGACGGCCAAGCUCAUAUGGAUUGAGUCCCUACUUCGAGAACUAGGAGUUUCUUAG